GAGUAAAAGAGAAGAGGAACAGGUGAUACAGACGAAAGGAAUAAGGCAUAGAGAGAAAGAAAAAUUAGUAGGCAAGGAGGACGAAUACCGUAAAAUAUGAAAGGAAAAAAAAGACAAAACAAAAAUAGUUAGAAAGUGAAACAGUGGAAGGAAGGAAAAUUUAUAUAUAACCUAUAGAAAAGAUUGGCAGUUUGAUAAGUAGAUUUUACACAUAAGUGAAGACAUCAAUUUACUAAAACGUCACCAUGUACCGAGUGUUCUCUAACAGACUGGCUUCAGCUCAGAAUCUGCAACUGAUUGGAGCCCAUCUGCGGUUAAUGUCUUCAUGUCAGAAAAACUUGGUGGAUCGAAUAAUCCGUGUGGAUCAUGCCGGUGAACUCGGAGCUGACAGAAUCUAUGCAGGACAAUACGCUGUCCUUAAGAAAACCCCAGUUGGCUCUCUCAUUAAGGAAAUGUGGGAGGAAGAGAAAUACCAUAGAGAAACAUUUGAAAAACUGAUGGUCCAACACAGGGCUCGACCCACAGCUUUACUACCUAUUUGGAAUGUUGCUGGAUUUGUCCUUGGUGCUGGCACAGCCCUGAUGGGGAAAGAAGCAGCUAUGGCUUGUACUGUGGCAGUUGAAGAUGUAAUUGGUCAUCAUUAUAAUGCCCAAAUUCGGGAUUUAGUUGAAGAUGAUCCAGUAAAACAUGAAGAACUUUUGAAGAUAAUAAAGAAAUUUCGUGAUGAUGAAUUACACCAUUAUGAAACCGGGCUUGAACAUGAUGCUGAGCAAGCACCUUUCUAUAAAACAUUGACUGAAGUGAUAAAAGUUGGUUGCAAAGGAGCAAUAUGGCUAUCGGAACGAAUAUAAUGUCACAUCUUCCUCUCUCUCCUCAUCUCCUAUCUUAGCUAUCUCCAUUGCCUCAUUUCCUAUUCUUUGCCCUUUCUCUUCCUUUCUCUUAUCUAUCUCCAUUAUCUUAGCUCCUCCUCUUCCUCCUCCUUCCACUUCUAAGCACUCAAUCUACUGAUUGUGUGCGUUUCACUUUUGCCAGAAAGUCAACUUUUUGCCGAUAUCCUAUGAUUUGCUGUAGGUUGUUAGGCUUAGAAUACAGAAUGGGAUACACCUGCCAGAUCCUGUCUGUGACAUCUUGGUCAUUAAUGGAAACAAAUUUUGCAAGCUUUCUCUCAGGUUACAGAUGAUAUGUGUGUGUGUAUGUAUAUAUAUAUAUAUAUACAUACAUAUUUCAAAAUAGAAAAUUACCCUUUAACAGGUAAUUUUUACAUGCUAGAAAUAGCAGCCAACACGACCAAAAACCACAAUU